UGUUCAGAGUAGCCGUUAAAGGUCUACAAGGGAUUAGUUUUCUGGCUUAAGCAUUCGUUUUUGAUUUACUGCACGCUUUCCAUCGUUUACUUCCUACUAGUUGAACUGAUUUAAACAAUGAGUGAAUGUCGCGGAAUAGCAGCCAGAUGAUGAUAGACGCGCCACAUGGUUUGCGUUCUUAACGUCAGCUUUAUACACGUUACAGAGGAUUAAGUGCAUGCAUCCAUCUUACGCGCGCAUUAAAAGCACGAGACAUACUUCUCUCGUCCAGUUACAGACAUUGCGAGAGGCGAGGAUGGCCGAUGUGGUGUUAGGCGUUGGGACAGGUGUGUUUAUCAUCGCUUUAAUCUGGAUAGUGACUCUCGCGCUCACCAUCGUUCUGUCGCGCGCAACCGGCCCGACAAAGUUAGGAAUCGUCCCUUUAUUUCUUCUGGCGCUCACCGUCACACUCGUUUUGGUGUUUUUCCCGCGCUCCCCUGAAGUUCCCUCCCCCGAGAAAGCGGUUCAGCAGACGAGCACAAACACAACAGCUUUUUCCCAAAGUCUGUCUUUGCCAAAACCAGCGCUGUGAGCUGCCAACUCAUCCUCUUGUCUGCACAAACAAAACCCAAACCAUUUACCUUCAAUAACACAACAGAAACAUGUUGACUGAAUCAAAUGUCCCCUGUCUUCGACCUAAAUCUAUUAGAUUACCCACAGUUACGUUUGGUUUAAUACAUGCACUCGAGAUAUCACGAGUUCCAUAGUCUUGUACUUUUAAGAUCUUUCAAUAGAUGUUUUCAGAUUUACAACCAGCAUUAGGUGUUAGGAAGACAUGCAAAAACACCUUUUAGAAGUCAUGACCUACCGUGUAGGUUAGUGCAAGAAAGUUAGCUUUAAUCAAUUUAGAAAUGAACCUGGGAUCUGAUAGUGGAACGACAUAAAAAGCUAAACUGCAAAAACAAAACAGCAUGCAAGUCUCUCAUUACUAUAAGCAUGCAUGUAUUACCGUACAUUGUGCAAUAGACUCUCAUUUGUGCAUAGCGCUAAAUCCACGUUACACCCAUUGCUGAUUUGCUUGCAGCGAGUAUGACUAGAUAACAGGUUUUUUUUUUCUUGAUAGGUGACAGUGUAUUGUAUGAGAAAUGGGUAACCCCUCGCUGUUGUACAAAGGAAUAAUAUCACAGUGCCAAUUAGGCCGGCCCCAAACAGGAGCUCACUGCUGCACAUUCGAUGCCACAUUAAUAAAACAUGGCCUCUGCUCUGUGCUUCGCUAGCCGGCUAAUUGGCAAAUUAGAAAGUGAGAUGCGUUAAACGAGAGAACACUGCAUUCGCCUGAGACAGAGCCCCCUCCCACAUACACAUACACAUGCACAGACACACACAAAGACAUCUCUCUGUCUGUAGUUUAACGUAGGUUGUGGCCUCUCCCAUGGUUUAGGCCUCAUACUCUAGCUGAGGUCUGCAGGGACGUAGGGUGCUGUUAGUAUUCAACACUAUCACCCUGUUCAGCUUUAAUUCGUGGAGGAAAAACAGACAGCAGAGUAAGAAAUAAUAGCAAGAAAGAAGUGUGUUUUUCUAAUGUAUGAUAAA